UGUUUAUAUAGACUGUAUAAUACAUGGUAUGCAAAAUGGUAGUAAAGGAGAAGAAAAAACUCUAGGGGUUCCUCUAUCCAAUAACAGGAGCGACACACCUAACAGAGUGAACGGCAUUCUUAAGGCGUGUUCAGGAAGUGAAUAGUUAACUUCACUUUAAAAUUUACAGAUAGCAACUGAAGGUCCCAGACAGACGCAGAAAGUUAUAAAGCUGAGGUGAAAAAUGCCAGGAAAAAAAGUAUGCAUCGUUGGAUCUGGUAAUUGGGGGUCAGCUAUUGCUAAAAUCAUUGGCCGGAAUGUAACCAGGUCAAACAGAUUUGAUCCCAUUGUGAAAAUGUGGGUUUUUGAAGAAGUGGUGAAUGGGAAAAAGCUCAGCGAGAUCAUCAACACGGAACAUGAAAAUGUGAAAUAUCUUCAAGGACACAAGCUUCCAAAAAAUGUGGUUGCAGUUCCAGAUGUGAUUGAGGCAGUAGCUGGUGCCGACAUUUUGGUCUAUGUUGUUCCCCAUCAGUUCAUCGGGAAACUGUGCGACCAGACGAAGGCUCAGAUUAAACCGGGAGCCAUUGGAAUAUCUCUUAUCAAAGGCAUUGACGAGGGCCCAGAGGGCCUGAAGCUGAUAUCUGACAUAAUCAGAGAGAAGAUGGAAAUAGAAGUAAGCGUGUUGAUGGGGGCCAACAUCGCAAAUGAAGUGGCUGAUGAGAAGUUCUGCGAAACAACCAUAGGCUGCAAAAAUGAGCAACAUGGUCAGGUUUUCAAAGACCUCCUGCAGACCCCAAACUUCCGAAUCACAGUGGUCAAAGAGAGUGACACUGUGGAGCUCUGUGGAGCUCUGAAGAACAUUGUGGCUGUGGGGGCUGGCUUCUGUGACGGGCUGGGCUUCGGGGACAACACGAAGGCAGCCGUGAUCCGCCUGGGCCUGAUGGAGAUGGUGGCCUUCGCCAAGCUGUUCUGCAAGGGGGCCGUGACCUCCGCCACCUUCCUGGAGAGCUGCGGCGUGGCGGACCUGAUCACCACCUGCUACGGGGGCCGGAACAGGAAGGUGGCGGAAGCCUUCGUCAAGUCCUCCAAGUCUAUUGAAGAGCUGGAGAGAGAAAUGCUGAAUGGGCAGAAACUCCAGGGCCCUCAGACUUCGGCCGAGGUGUACAAGAUCCUCAAACAAAGGGACAUGGUUGAGAAGUUUCCACUGUUUACGGCUGUCUAUCAGAUUUGCUUUGAGGGCCGACCUGUGAAGGACUUCAUCUCAUGCUUACAAAACCACCCCGAGCACAUGUGAUGUGGGAGCUCCAGUGCACCUCUGUGAACCUCAAUCUUUCCUUUAAGCAACGUUUUUACUAGUGGCUGACGUAAAACGCACAAUAACUAGAAAUCUUAUAUUCAAGGUGAUUUUAAAAUCUGUUUCAACACUAAAAUAAUGUUUCUUAAGUCAUACCAUGCAUGAGAGGUUAUUAUUAUACAUUGUUCUCAGAUUCUGGCGAUUCUUAAUCUAAUUGUUAUUAGAUUCAUAUAUAUUACAAGAAAAUAGUUCUUUAAACAGGAAAGGAAAUGAAUGUUGCUUGAAUAAUUUUAUAUUCAAAUACUUUAUUUUUUAACACAGCAAUUUUUGAAGAAUGGAUGCCAGGAUUACAUUUAAACACAUUUCGCACAUUUCAUGAUAAGAGGUGUGAUUUCUAGAACAUGUUCAGGAUUCUGAAUAUUCUUGUGUUUCUCUGAAUAUUCUUGUAUUGCUCUCAUGUUGGAUAUUUACUGUAUGAAUUACAAUGGUUCUCUUGCUUAUUUGACUCUUUAUAUUGCAAGUUAAUUAUGCUGAUUUAGGUUAGUUUCCUAAAAACAAAUAAAAAAAUAUAUUUCUGCAUUUGAAACUGUUGAAAUGACACUGGAUGUUGCUUAAAUGUCCAAGAUUCUUCUUAUUUGACAUUCCUGUCUUACUGCCUUAUGGUUGACAUUCAUUUACUCAGAAAUUGCACACGGAAAGAGUCAUGGGGUAGCAAUACUGUAACAGUUUGUGAUUAUACUGUAUGUAUGAUAUAACAGAAAUAAAGGAGUCAGUCUUCUUAAACCAA